AUGAAAGGCUUCAUUUGUCAUUUAAAUGUACCAUCAUUGCCAUCGCUCGUUUACCAUUAUAAGAUUAUACAUGUGUUAGGGCCAUUUAAUUCAUAUACUUGCAUAGAGGAUAAUUGUUCAAAAUCUUUUCAAAGUCUUAGUAGUUUAAAAAAACACAUCCUUAACAAACACGUGAACACUGUGGAAGAUAACUUACCUGAAACUGCACAUUCGCAUAGUGGUAUUUUAACAGAUACUAAUAGUUACGACAGUAAUGAUUCUAUUAGUAAUGAUGCUAGUAAUAUUUUAUUUGAUAAACCUAAACGAUCCAAACCGAACGAGGAUAUAUUUGACACAAACAAUUGUAUUGAAGAACUACAUUUGGGGGCAGUAAAAUUUUGUUUGACGUUACAUAACAAUAAUAACUUUUGUAAAAGUGAUGUUCAAAACAUUCAAAGCGAUAUUGAAAAUAACAUUCUAAAUCCUAUUACAAAUUUAUUAAAGGGUGUUAUUCAAGAGGAAAUACAAGAUCCAUUACUUCUAUCUAAAUUUACUAAAGUUAUAUUAGGUAUAUCAGAUCUUUUUAAGUUUUGUAAAACUGAAUAUUUGUUAAAUAACUGGCUUAAAAACAAUGAACUCAUAAGUAACGAAUAUAAGCAGUUCACUAUUAAUAAUGAAGUAAAAUUAAUUUCUAAUAAUGGCCAAACUGUAUAUGAUGAAAUACUUACUAAGGGAAUUAUAAUGCCUUUUAAGUUUCAAAUAAAAACAUAUUUUGAGCAAAAUAAUAACUUAAAUACUGCAAUUAAUAAAUACAACAAACUUAUAAGUUGUCCUGAAUCAAACACCUGCUCCAUAACUAACUUUAUUCAAGGUUCGUUAUGGAAAGAAAAAAUAAUUCCAUAUAAAAAUAAAAUUGUUAUGCCUUUUUUUAUGUACAUUGAUGAUGUAGAACUUAACAAUCCAUUAGGCUCCAAAUCUAUGUGUCAUUCAUUAUCAGCGGUGUAUUAUAGUUUUCCUCUCAGUGAGCAUAGUUCAAAGCUAAAUAACAUUUUCUUAACAGCCCUUAUAAAAUCUAGAGAUGUAAAAACCUUUGGGAAUGACUUAUGUUUCAAACAGAUAGUUUAUGAAAUAAACAGCUUGGGUAAUGAUGGUAUAACCAUAAAUACUCCUACCGGUCCAAAACAUGUAUAUUUUAUUCUAGGUUUAUUAUUAGGGGAUAACCUAGGAAUUAACUGUUUAUGUGAAUUUUCAAAAUCAUUUUCUGCUAAUUUCUAUUGUCGAUUUUGCAAAGCUCCAAAAUCUAUAAUGCAUAAUUUAUCAAAAGAAAAUGGUUCUUUACUCCGUAAUGUUAUAAAUUAUACAGAAGAUCUAGAAAAAAAUGAUUUUACACAAACUGGUAUUUAUAAAGAUAGCAUUUUAAACCAAAUCACUACAUUUCAUGUCACGGAUAACUUUAGCGUAGACAUUAUGCAUGACAUUUAUGAAGGUAUUUGCCAUUACAAUAUGUGUCAUUUAAUAAUUUAUUACACAGAAAAAAUACAAAUUUUUUCUUUAGAAACCCUUAAUUUAAGAAAACAAAAUUUUGACUAUGGUGAACUUGAGCAAAAAAAUGUAUCACCACCUAUUGAAAGACAUCAUCUUCACAAAUUUCAUUUAAAAAUGUCAGCAAGACAAAUGAUGUGCUUUGUUCAUUUUUUUUCUUUGAUCAUUGGUGAUUUAAUUCCAGUGGAUGAUGAGAUUUGGCAAUUUUUUUUAAUUUUUAUUGAAAUUAUAGAUAGUUUAUUAAGCUAUACGUUUACACGAGAUAUGGUAAAGCAUUUAAAAAUUCUUAUUGAAAAACAUAAUUCAGAUUAUGUUAAAUAUUUUCAAGAUAACUUAAAACCUAAGCAUCAUUUAUUGAUACAUUAUCCUACAAUUAUUCUUAAAUCUGGCCCUCCAAGACACUUUUGGUGCUUUCGUUAUGAAGCGAAACAUAAGGAGUUGAAAAUGUAUGCUAGGGCAAUAACAUCUCGAAGAAAUAUUUGUUUAACAUUGGCAAAUAAACAUCAAUUUAAAUUUGCAUAUUUCAUAUUAAACCAAAAAAAAAAUAGUUUGCUAGUAGAAGCCUUGGAAAAACAUAAAAUUGAUUCAAAGCAUGUGGCAAUUAUUUUUGACUUUAUAAAUGUAUCAACUAAUAACUAUAUCAGUUAUUCCAAGAUUGAAUUUCGAGGUACAAUCUACAAAAUUGGCAAUUAUGUCACUUGUUUUAAUAGUGAAAUUUGUUUGUAUGAAAUACUUGAGAUAAUUUUAUUAAAAAAUAAUACAGUAUAUUUUGUUGUUCAGCAAAUUCUAUUAGAAUUAUUUGACACUCAUUUUAGAGCAUACAAAGUUGAUAUAAACAAGAGUGUUGUUUCCAAAAGCGUUAUGAAUGUUGAUCAGUUUAAUUCUCCCCCUUUAAAUAUCAAUAAAGUUAAUGGUGGUAAUCUUAUGAUUAGAUUGAAAGAAUAUUUCUAG